AUGCAUUCCGCUGCUGCAAUCCACCACCACCACCACAAACCUUCAGCGGCGCCUUCAGCAACCCCUGCUAGUGGCCGCCACCGCACAAUUGGCCUUUUAAGCAGCUUCAUGCGUCGCUUAUUAAAACUUUUGAUUAGCUGCAUUCUCAUGCCGGCCAUACAACAUCACAUUCACAUUAAUUGGUCUCCAAUGUCAACAUCUCCAACGUCCAGCAUGGUGGUGCAUGCAUCUGCCAUCUCCGUUUCUGUCUCGAUGUCCACAACGAAUGCAACCAAUGUCGCCGGAGUGUCUGUGCGCAGCGCUGAGCAUGACGUCGGUGUUAUGUCUGCUGCAGCGGCUUUGUCCGGCUUGGGUUCACGUGCGCCCGCUUCCUGGUCGGUAGCUGCUUCUCACAUGCGUUUGACGCAACGCAACAAUCAUGCAAACAUUUCCGAGUUGCUGGACAAUUUAUUACGUGGCUAUGAUAAUAGCAUACGACCGGGAUUUGGCGGUCCACCUGCUACAGUUGAAGUUGAUAUAAUGGUACGCAGUAUGGGCCCCAUUUCCGAAGUGGAUAUGACAUAUUCCAUGGAUUGCUAUUUCCGUCAAUCGUGGGUGGAUAAACGUUUAGCCUUCAAGGGCGCACAAGAUACAUUGGCUUUGAGUGUUUCGAUGUUGGCGCGCAUUUGGAAACCCGACACUUACUUCUAUAAUGGCAAACAAAGUUAUCUACAUACCAUUACGACACCAAAUAAAUUUGUGCGCAUCUAUCAGAAUGGCAGGGUGUUAUAUUCGAGCAGAUUAACAAUCAAAGCUGGCUGUCCAAUGAAUUUAGAAGACUUUCCUAUGGAUAUACAAAAGUGUCCACUAAAGUUUGGCUCAUGUAAGUGA